AUGUGGAUAUGGGAAUGGUUUUGGAAUUUAUUAGCUGAUUUAGGAUUAGCAUAUAAGAGUGGGAAGAUGUUAUUUUUAGGAUUAGACAAUGCAGGGAAAACGACAUUGUUGCAUUUAUUAAAAGAUGGGAAAGUAUCACAACACAUUCCAACACAACAACCAACAAUGGAAGAGUUAGUUAUGGGGAACAUUAAAUUUAACACAUAUGAUUUAGGAGGACACACCCCAGCAAGAAAAGUAUGGAAAACAUAUUGUACAGAAGUAGAUGCAGUGAUAUAUAUUGUUGAUUGUGCAGCACCAGAAAGAUUUGGAGAAUCGAAGAAAGAAUUAGAUUCAUUAUUAAAUGAUGAAAUGUUAUUAAACACACCAUUUUUAAUAUUAGGAAAUAAAAUAGAUAUUCCAGGAGCUGUUUCAGAAGCACAAUUAAGAGAGGCAAUGGGAUAA